GUAAGGUCGACAGUCGAACUCGAGCCGCCGUUCGCCGCAGAGGCACGCGAAUAAUAUUUUUUUAAAAAAGUGAGUGAGGAAUAUUAUAUUGUGUUUCUGUAUGUAGAAAGAAACACAGAUAGUAUUUUGAGAUUGAAAAAAGAAAGUGAAAUAAUAUAGAAGGAUAGAGUGAAAGAGUGUCUUUGAAAAUUCAGAGAGAGUGAGAGAGAGAGAGAGAGGAAAAGUCGUGCAACAAAAGAAUUUCAGCGGGCAGAUUCUCUUCUUUUUUAAGUUUUGCUACUAUUCCCUCCAAGGCUAUUUUGUACGGAUGAAACCCUUUUUCAGCCUUCUGGAGCCGGUUCUUGAAGCAGGAAGAUGGGGGGCGACCAGCUUGGUCUCCUCCUUUGGAAAAAUUAUGUUGUCAGAAAACGUCAACCGGGUAUUAUGAGCCUGGUGUUUCUAUGGCCAAUAUUUGUAUUUAUGAUUCUUUAUACGGUGAGAGAUAAUAUCGAUCCAGAAUAUUUUCCCACAUGUCAAUUCCAGGCAAGAUUCAUGCCUCAAGAUGGAAUCUUGCCAUUUGUUCAAAGCUUCGUUUGUGGUGUGGGAAAUCCCUGUGAACCACUGUCGGAAAGCGAGGAAGUACCAUCUUAUAAAAAUGCCAUGUUGAGUCCAUUGAUUACGGAAUUACAAACAGUUUUGAGAAAUGAUACGAUUCUGUCAGCGAUUUCUUAUUUACCAAAAGGCGUUCAACUUUUUACUUCAAUGGCUCAAAUUCUCACCAAGCCGGAAAUUAAAAAAUUGUUUGACAGGGGGAUUUUUCUCGGCGAUUUAUUUAACAAUCACGAAGCAAUUAAAAGAUCAUUGAAAACUCAAAUGCCACAAGCAACGGAUUACUUGCUCGAUGGACUCUUUAAUUCUUCAAUAAAAUUGAUCUACUUGAUCGAGGGUCUUGGUUCAACAAACAUCGAAGACACUGUCUGCGUACCGGAUAAUUUAAAGAAAUUUCUAAUUGUGCCAAAGGAAAUGGAUCUAGUCACGAUAUCAAAAGUACUUUGCGAAAUAGAUCCAGCAAAGAUUCCCGGUAUUUUUGAACAAUUAACGAAACAUUUGGAUUUCACGUCACUUUUGGAAAUGGUCAGUCGCGUUAUGGCUAAAUUCCAAGACUACGACUUUAUCAAAGACAUCAAAAAAACAAUUGAGACUGUUCUCAAUUUGGGAAUUAUUGAUAAAUACGUUCCCAAUUAUUUAAGACUGCGCGAUUGGGUGCCAAAGAUUAUUCCAUUAUUUAAAAAUACUACAUUCAAGGAAAUUGAUAUUUUCUUUAUCAAUAAGACAAUAACAAUGUUGGAUCCAAUAUUCAAGAAAGAGAGCGAUUGGAAAACUGCUCGAAGUGCAUUUUUGAAACUAAACGAUCUUCUUGUUUUGGUGAAGAAUAUUGUUGGUAAAAUGGACGCGAGUAAUGAAACUAUUUCCAGUAUGAUGAAAAAUAUUGGGGGAAAUUUGGAAGACGCUGUGUCAAUUUAUUAUCAUCAAUACGAGGCAAAUGUUACCAAAGUUUUGGAUAUUUCUUAUCUUAUUUUAGUGGAUGGCAUUAAACUCACGAAAAAAUUGAUCGUGAAACAUGAAGAUCAAUUGCAGCUUGCAGCAGAAAUUUUGGAUGGAUUGAAAAACUUUUUUUCGAAAAAAAUACUGUACAAUCUUUCUUAUUUAGUAUCAAUGUUUGAUAAUGUGGUUCAAAUGACACAUCAUGUUGCCAUUAUUCACGAGGAAUUAUUGAUAAAGUUGAAGAAUAUUGUAGUCAAUCAUCAACCUCUUGUGGAAAAAAUACUAACGACUCAAGAACCUGAUGUUUAUAGGACGAUUAUAAAUUCCUUUUCACGACUGGAUUUCGUUGAGAAAUUCCUCGAAGAAUUAUCGUCGAAAACUGCUGAAGACAUUUUUUGUGAUGAUACUUUUUUCCGAGAAUUAUUUUUUGACUUGGAGAACAAGGAUCGAUUAUCAAAAUUAAAUAAUACAGUUUGCAACGAGGAGGGAAAAAAAUUUCUGUCUGAUGUUUAUAAUGCCAUGGAGUUACAAACUUUCAGUCGAAUUGUUGACAAUACUUUGAAUACAUUCAAACUUAUGGCUCUUAGAAAACCGAUGGUAUUUGAAAAAUCGAAUUUAACAGCAAUGGUGGGAAGUGUUCGUUCAUUUAUCACUUAUCUACAAGAUCCCGAAUCAAGAAGAUUGGAAACUGUAAAUUUAUCUUCAAUUUCAAUUCCAAACGAAUGGAAAACAGUGUUUGAGGAAACUCAAUUGCAAGCACGUCUAGACAUAUUGAGUCUUCAUCUCAGCGAGGCAAAAGAACUUGGAUCAAAAAGCCUCACAAUUAUUACGGUUUUACCGAACUUAAUUAAAAUGGAUCUUAUUGCAAGUUCCGUUCUGAGAGAUCUUGAGACUCAUCCCACCGAAUGGAUCGCCGAUGUUCGUCUUCACAAGUCUGAGUUAAUCGAGUCAUUUUAUUUGACUGUCGCUGACAGACCGAAGGUAUUGAAACUACUGGAAUAUUCAAAUAUGACAGAAACCGUAUGCUCGGAAAAGAAUCCUGAGAAUUUUCUCAAUUUCCCAUCGGGAACAAAUGGCACAUUUUUGAUGAACAUCAUUUGUCGCCCUAUAAGAACAGUGGAAUCAGCUCUCAGUUUGAAUCUGACAGAUGUGGAAAGCGAUGCAAUUCUAUCAUUUCAAAAUCAAAAUUUCAAUUGGACACUGUUUAAUGAAAAAAUUGUGGAAAUUUAUCAUUAUAUUGAUUCACUUGUGCAUCAAGAAGAUCAAGGGAAUAUCAAAGUUUUGAAUGAUGCAGCGGAGAAAUUUAAAGAAGCCUGGACUGAUCGCGUAACAGCGAGAGAUGCAUGGGAAGCAAGCGUAGGAGUUUUAUGUAAAUUAUUCACCGUGAUGGAGUUUCCGCUUUUUGAUGCAAAAGCAAUAGACAAUUGGUCGGAUUUAUACGCAGUCGCUUGGACUUCAUCUUUACUUGCUGACAAUAUUGAAAAUGUCGUCGAUCAAAUUCAGAGACAAAAUAAUUCUAUCGAAUUAAAAGAUAUUUUUAAUCUAAUGCCACAGACGGAAAGUUUAUUAAGUAAACUAUUGAGAAAUCUUGCACCAGUGACUCUUGAUUUGGUGGAUAUGACUUCCAGAAUUCCUGUUCAUUUUUUGUCGGCGAUUGACGAAUACAAAUCUCGUGAACCAAAUUGGCCGUGCUUUAAUAAUGAGAGUAUUGGAGAGGCGCUUGAACUAAGAACAGGAAGUCGAGAGUUAGUGAGAGAAAUUGAAAAAAUAUCCUGCGAUCCAACUCCUUUGAUCAACGAAUGGGACGAGCAACCAAUAUUAAUAAAAGUUCAGAAAAUCUUUCAGCGUGACAGUAGUGUUCAAAUGCCGUCUUUUAAUUGGACCCAAGGUUAUUUAAAUUUUCGUCGAUUGGUGAAAAAAAUGGAUUCCCUGAUGAACUCAGCAGAAGACGUGGAACUUGUAGAUGCGCCGAGUGUUUCCGUUUACAUAAAAAACUUUUUGCCCGAAGUGAAGAAAAUGGUUAUCGAAAGUCUUCCCGAGACUGAAGAUCAAAGCAGAAAAAUUGUGGACUUCAUUGAUCAUAAAAUUGAUAAAGGAGUUGAUAUUUUACACAGUCAAGUGUCAGCGAAAAAUAUUUGGGAUUCAGAGGGAACUCCAAGAGAUCUUAAUUAUUUUCUUGCACUUGGAAAAUUUUUUACUAACGUUUUACACGAUGUCUUCACUGUUUUCUCUGAUGCAUUCAGCGGAGAUCAAAGGAAUAUGAAUCUUCUAACAUUGCUUGGAUUCAAGAAUAAAAGUGCCAUUGCAAUAGCUUACGAUCAUCUACCACAUAUUUUAGCAACAUUUAUUAAUGGAAUGUCUGAUCCAACAAUUGAUAGUCAAGCAAUUAUUGCCAUGAAAAAGGGACGUGUUUCGUGUGCGGAAAUAUUUUCCUGGUUCGAAAAUUCCCUCGUUGAUCUCAGUGUUGUUGAAUAUAGAAUUUUGAAAAAUUUCACUUGCGAUCUUGACGCCGAUAAUUUUAAUGCAUUCACUGAUCUUUACAUGAAACAGACGACAGUUUGGGAAAAAAAUUUCGCUGACUAUCAAUCAUAUUUUUUAAGUUUGAUAAUUGAUUUAACCGAUUUGGGAAAAAGAAUUCAAAAUCAAACUAAAAAUGGUAUGAAAAUUGUUUUUCCGUUUAAUGAAGAAUAUUUUGAUAAUAUUGCAAGGACAUUGAGUCGUGAACUUAAUGAUGACAUUCCGGAAGUUGGUGGAAUAAUACUUCGGGACAAUCCAGAAGGUAGAAAUUAUCGUUUGGCAGUGGAAGGUAUUUCUGAAGUUAUCAGCAAAAUGGCAAAAACUUUGAGUGAAGUGCAGUUGAAGAACAAUGAACUUCAUACUUGGGAUUUAUUUGAAAAGGGCGAUGUUCAUCAGUUUGUGAAACUUUUGGAAAAUUAUCCACAAGAAGCAAUUGCAUUUUUUGCCGUCAUAAGUGAAAUUGAUCCGGAAACUAUGCAACCGUAUUCUAUUAAACAUUUUAAAAAGAAUUGGUGCACUACUCAUCCCAAAACUGGAAUGUGGAUGCAAGCCAAUGCAACGCACUUUUUAAGUAGUAUUUGCUCUUUUGAUUUUGAUCAACUACUGAAAACUUUAACCAGCGAGGAAUUAUUUUUGGUAGCUAAUGGCCACACAGACGUAUUGAAAAGAGUGACACCUCUUUCGAAAUCAGUCUCACUUUUAUUGAAAGAAAUCAUGAAAUUAUCAUCUCAGAAUCCAAAGGUAAUUUUGAAAUCAAAUAUUUUUAAUGCCACCACUUGGAGGAAUAUUCCAAUUGACGGAAUAACUUGGAGAACAAUUAAUCGAACUGAACUCUCUUGGGUGAAUAAAUUUGCCAGAGAAUAUUUUCCAAACGAUUCAUUAAUGGGACAAAUGUACAGGGUUCCUCAAGUUCUUGUAUCAAUAAUGGAACUUUUAUCCGGCGGUGACAUUUGGCAGAAACUUCAAAUAAUUUACAAGGACUCAAAAAUCCAACCCUUAUUGACGAUCGUUGAGGAUUUACCAAAUCUUGUGAUAACUGUCGUUGACACUUUUAUCAACUCCGAGAGACUGAAUGAUUUUGCUGAAUUACUUUUCGCCGGGAAAGUGAAACUUUGCGAUAUCGAUAAAUACUUGAUACCACCGAAAUUUAUUAAGAAGAAAAAAAUUCUCACCAGCAUCACGGAUGUUUGUCAAAAAUUUGUGAAUGGCGCAGUGAAACUUAAGACUGAGGAUUUUUUGCCUUUGGAUUUUUAUGCCGAGAAAGCACACUUGUACGAGAUGAAAAUAAAUUCAGGACUGGAGAAUUUGAUAAUUUACAAUGAAACUUAUCUUGUGGAAAAAAUGUACAAACUUCAAGCAACUUUGAUACAAAUUGCAUCAGAAGGUUUUCAGGAAGUUGAAGUUCCUAUUUGGUGGAGUUCCUUUAAAGAAGAAACUUUAAAACAGUUCCUUACAAAAUACAGAAAUACGGAUUUGAGAAAAUUGGCACAUUCAUCAAUGAAAAAAUCUGUCGGCGUUUUGUAUAAUAUUUUAAAUUCCACGCCUCACGAAGAAAAUUGUACCUGGUGCCACACGCUCAUGAUAGAAAUUGUAAAUACUCAGUUAAUAAAACACUCGGAAUAUUCGAAAUUAAUUUGUAAAAUGCGUCGAAUGAAAAUGACGGAAAUUCAAGAUACACUCGUGCGAGAUUUUUAUUGGAACAAAACAGUUAAUAUGAUUAAGGAUUACAAAUAUUUGAAUAACAAAAAAACAUUGAAAAAUUUUAUGGGUGCUUUGGAAAAUUCUCUGCAUUACAUAGCGGAUAUUUUAGUUGAUUAUCAUAAUGUAACAUUCAGUAAUGAGGUGAAAGAAUGUUUUUAUAAAUUAGUCGGCGGACCUUCAUUUUCAAGACCUGGAUUAUACGUGAUGGCAAUGAACGGAAUUCUCGACACUCUAGAAAAAAAUGUUCAAAUAUUUAACAAUUUAAUAAUGUAUUCGAAGAUAAAAAAUUUAACCGCCAUUGCCGAGAAAUAUUUACCAAUUUGGAAACCACUUUCUGAAAUUAUUGAAAAUUCAAACGCGGAGAAAAUAAAUCAUUUACUUCCAAAUGCAGAAAUCAAUGUAAAUUUAUUGUCUGGCGAUGUGGAAGGUACUUUAUGCUAUCCCACGAGGCACUGUCAAAAUUCAACGGUUCUCUAUGAAAUUCUCAGUGGCAAGGAAGCGAAGAAACUCAUUCUUCUUAAUUCAAAAACAUCAAAGUUUAUCCCAGCGAAUGAGAUUGCCGAAUUACUUUUUAAGAGUCUCAAUUUUGAAUUGAUUGAGCGGAAAAUUUCACUUUGGCGAAAGGAAGCUGCCACGGAUCUUGUGUGGAUAAAAAAUAUUUUAAAACACGUGUCUGCGGUCAUGGAAGAGGGAGGCAAUUUAUUUGAUGUCGCUAGUAAAAUUGAUUUUGAAAAUGUUUCAAAUGCUCUCGGUGUUCCUGAUCUUGUUGACGGUGUUGUUAAUAUUGUCAAUGAAAAGACAAUAGACAAACUUUUUGAAGGAAUAAACGAAAUUCUUGAUGACUUCGAACCAUUUAUCGAGGAUCCUGAAGUUACAAGAGACCUUCGAGCUAUGGUGUUCACUUUUGAGUCGAUGGAAAUUUUCAAAAAUUUGGGACUCCUGAAUAUGAAAUAUGGCGCUAACGAUUUGUUUAAAAAUUGGGACGUGCUUAGCAAAUAUUUAGUUGAAAAUGUCGGAAUUCCAAGUGAAGCUGUGAAUAUUAUGAGUGAGGCUAAAGUCGAUAUGAUUUCUGUAUUUUUAAAACAACAGAAAGCCAUGAGUUUGAUGGAUACAAUUUGCUCGCCUACGAAAUUGAGCGAGAUGUUGAGUUUUGAGCACACGCAUCUUUCCGCCGAAGAUGUUAGUUCCGUUUUGUGCGAAAUGGACAGUGAACAAAUGCAAAAUAUGACGAUCACUCUUAUUUCAAAUAUAAAUUUUCAGUAUAUUUUCGAUAACUUAAUGAGUGCGAAUGUGAAAAAUAUUUUGUUAAAUGCAAAUUUAACGGAAUCUGAUGGAAAAGCCAUUUUGGACAAUCUUGGAAUCGUCGCUGAACUUGUGCCAUAUUUUAAAGAAAAACUUACAUCCAGUCUUUCAUCAGCGAGGGAAAGUACUAAUAAAAAUUCUUCUGAAUCAAUGUCGAGAGGUCAAUUUCUCGGAGAAGCGAGCAAAAUGUUGUGCAGUAAACCACUGGUGCAAGAAGGUGGUGAUUUUUACAAGGUGAUUGCGUCUCUGGAAGACAAUAUAAAAGCCGCAGACGAAAGAGAACUCAGAACUUUACCCACUGAAUUUUGCAGAGAAACUUAUAAAAAUGUUUUGAGUAUGCCCGGAGGAAAGAUAAUUUGGUCCUACGUGAAACCAUUGUUGCGGGGGCGUAUUCUCUUUACGCCGAAUACAACUUUAAUUCAAGAAGUGAUGAAAAUAUCAAAUCAAAGUUUCGUUGAAUUUGCAAAAUUUUCCAGCCUCAUGAAUAGUUUUCAAAUGACUCUCGUUGCUCUUAAACAUCUCGCUGAGAUGGGCGAUAAUUUAAAGGAUUUGGAAAAUAUAAUGUCAUCGGACGUGAUGAAAGUUGCCGUAAAAUCCAUGAGUGGAUCGAGUGAAUCGAAUGUUAAUAUGGAUUUGUCGAACAUUGAUUUGACGGAAAUCGCUUGGGAGUUGAAGAAUUCUGAGAGAUUAAUAAAUAUGAUUGAGAUGUUGAACGACCUGAUGGAUUGCGUACUAUUGGAUCGAUAUUAUGGAUUCGCGACAGAGGAGGAAUUGGAAAAGGCCGCUGAUGAAUUAAUGGAAACACAUGAAUUUUUAGCGGGCGUUGUCUUUCUUGCCGAUCAUCGUCAGAAGAGAUCAUUGGAAUAUGAAUUACCGCACAAUGUCACUUAUAAAAUAAGAAUGGACGUUGAUUAUGUUCAAACAACGACGAGAUUGAAAACUCAAUUUUGGCUUCCUGGACCAGAAGCCGAUUUUUUGGAGAACAUGCGAUAUAUGAGGGGAUUUAUUCAAUUGCAAGAUUCAAUAGAUCGUGCAAUUAUUAGAGUCAAAUCGCGCACAAAUCAAGAUUGGAUGACUCUCACACGACAGAUGCCUUAUCCUUGUUGGAAAUUUGCUCCAUUUCAAUCUACACUUUAUGAAUCUCAAGGAGUUAUAGUUUGCUUCUUUUUUGCUUUGAUGAUGUGUAUUGGAGCUUCUAUUCGGCACAUUGUUUGGGAAAGAGAAUCUCAAAAUUCGAUGGUGAUGAGUGUGAUGGGUCUGAAACCUUGGAGAAAUACUGCAGCAUGGUGGAUAACAUCUUUUAUUGAAUUAUCGAUAAUAAUGUGUUGUAUUGCCUUAAUACUUUUAGCGGGAAAAAUUCUUCCGAAAUCUGAUCCUUUAUUGCUUUUGACUUUAUUCUUUGAUUAUAUUUUCUCAAUUGUCGCUUUCUGUUAUAUGAUUUCAAUAAUGUUCAGUUCGGCAAGUUUGGCUGCUGUUACAGCAGUGACCAUGUUUUUGCUGACGUACAUGCCUUAUAUUGUCGUAAUUGCCAUGGAAGCUGCGAUGGGCCUUGGUUAUAAAUUACUUAUCUGUUUGAGUAUGUCAACGAGUUUCUCCUACGGUUGUCUUUUUGCUGUACGAAAAGAAGUUCAAGGAGUAGGUUUACAAUGGAAUUCAAUGUGGGAAGAAUCGACUCCCGGUGAUCCAAUGUCUCUAGGUUUGGUGCUUAUUAUGAUUUUCGUCGAUGGUUGCAUUUACUCUCUAAUUGGCUACCUUAUUGCUAGAUACACAAAUUCAGGCAAGGGUUUUCAUGGAUUACGAUCUCGCAGCUUAUGGUGGGGUAACAACCGUACCCUCUAUGGUCUACCUAGCUAUCUAGCUUUCAUCAACAACCUUUAUUUCACUAAUGAUGUUCUACACCCUUCAGACACUUAUCAAGAUGAGGAAACUGACUCGAGCAGUUUGACAGUGAAUGAGGCACAAGUUGGCGUGAGUUUCGAAGGAGUUCGCAAAGUAUAUCAAAUCGAGCAAGGCUCCCGAGUCGCUGUAGAUGAUUUUACUCUGAAGCUUUGCGAAGGCGAAGUGACAAGUCUUUUGGGAAGAAAUGGAGCUGGAAAAACUACAAUAAUAAAAAUGUUGACUGGAAUGAUUGCUCCGACCGCUGGCGAAAUUCGUUUAAACGGAAAAGAAGGCACUAAACCUGACAUAGGAGUUUGUCCUCAAGACAAUGUUCUCAUUCCAACUUUAACUCCACGAGAACACAUGACUUUCUACGCUAAAUUGAAAAAACCUUCUGAUAAUUUGGAAAUGACUAGAAAUGUCGACUCAAUGAUGGCAUCAUUGGAAUUGGGUCGUCAGGAGCACGAUCCAAUUUAUCGCCUUUCCGGCGGGACAAAGAGACGAUUGUGUGUUGCUCUUGCAUUUCUUGGCUCGCCAAAGCUCGUGAUUCUUGAUGAACCGGGAGCGGGAGUUGAUCCAGCAGCGAGACGUAGGAUUUGGAGAUUAAUAGAUCAACAUCGCGUUGGAAGGACUGUCCUUCUAUCCACACAUCAUCUCGACGAGGCUGACAUGUUAAGUGACACUGUUGUCAUAAUGCACAAAGGGAAAAUCCUUCGUGCCGGAUCGCCGUUGACCUUAAAGAUGACCCUCAACCAGGGCUAUAAAAUUCAUAUAUCAUUCCCCGUCACUGACGAAUCAAAAUCCAUUAAUAAAAAAUUUUACGAAAAUGUUUCCUCUCUAGUCAAGAGUGUUGUGACUAAUGCGUUUAUUCGCGAGGAAUCGAGAACUGAGAUACUUGUUGUUUUACCAUUCUUUGGAUUAAAUGGCGUUAGUAAUGAUAUUUCGGCGGCUCUUAAAAUUAUCGAAGAUAAUAAGGAUUUAAUUGGAUUUACACAUUUUUCGUUGGAAUGUGACACGUUGGAAAAAUUCUUUUUGGAUCUUUGCUCCGAGGCGGAGAAUGGAUCAUCAAUGUUGAGAAAUAGUCAAGACAGUAUUGCCUCCGCGCCGUCAAUUGAAUUGUAUCCAAUGAAUGAUGACGACGUGGAUUUAAUUGGCCUUGAACCAAAACCAAAACCAUCGGCGUAUCGACAAAGCAAGGCUUUGCUGAAAAAGAGAAUAUGGCAUUUCACAAGAGACUGGAGAUCACCAUUGGCGGCUUUAAUUUUGCCCACGGUUUUCGUUGCCGUAGCUAUGGGAUUCUCAUUAAUCAGACCACCAUCCCAGGAUGAACCACCAUUAAUUCUAAAACCCAAACUCUACAAUGCACACCCGACUCAUUUUUAUAGUAUUGACAACGACUAUGAUCCCUUCCUUCAGCACGUAUCAAUGCAGCUACAAGAUCGAUUUGGAGGUGAUUCAGCUGGAGCUUGGCAAACUCUUCCGAAUGACACUGGCACGUGCGAUUGUCUCGAGGGUCAACAAGUUUGUCGUGGAGUGUCCCAAGCUGUCGAGGGUCUGUUACAAACCCCACCUGGACGUCCGACUCUUGACUGGAUAGUUUCAACUCAUCAGGAGUACAUAGAGAAGAGAUAUGGUGGAUGGUCAUUAUCGCAUUGGAAAGAUGAUCCGCUCUUUGUUGUUUGGUUUAAUAAUAAAGGACAUCAUGCCUUGCCAGCUUACCUUAAUGCCCUGAACGAAGCGAUCAUGCGAGCUUCAGGAGUUGAUGGAUAUUUGAUUACUAUUAAUCAUCCUUUGAAGUUGUCCAGCGAUCAAUUAAAUCGAACUACAUUGUUGCAACACGUGGCUGAUGUUGGAAUCGCCAUAGUGCUUUUGGUUGCAUUUAGUCUUGUGGGAGCGCAAGGAGCAAAGGAAUUGGUUAGAGAGAGAUUGUCGGAGGAGAAGUGUAUCUUAUAUCUUGCCGGAGUGCAUCCUGUGACUUAUUGGACGACGGCUCUAAUCUGGGACUUGUCGGUUUUCCAAACUGCAAUCACUUUGGCACUUGUCGUUUUCGAGAUUUUCGGUCUUCCUGCCUACGUUGCUAGGGAUAAUUUAAUGGGCGUCACUUUACUGCUGUCUAUGUUCGCAUGGGCGGUGGUGCCAUUCACUCAUCUCGUUGAAAAGGCCUUUGAUGAUUCGAGUUUAUCAAAUAUGGUGCUCUUUUGUGUCAAUACAUUUUUGGGUGUAGCGGCACUAACGACGAUCCUUGUAAUCGACAUUCUCGGCAAAAGUCAAACGGCAGCAGACGUUCGUAAUUUUCUACAUCACGUACUGCUUUUAUUACCCCAAUAUGCACUCGGGGAUGCUCUUGUGCAAAUGACGAAGAACGACAUCACUGCUGAACUACUAGGAAGAUUCAACAUGGAUACGUACAAAUCUCCCCUAGGUUGGAAUUUAAUUGGCUUACAUUAUGUCUGCCUCUUCGUCGUUGGUACUAUUCUAUAUUUGGCAAAUCUUGCCAUCGAGUGCCGAGUACUGCCUGACAUUUCAUGGAGGAGGAAUAAAGUUUCUUACGAGGAUGUGAAAGAAGAUCCAGAUGUUGCCAGAGAGAGGAUCAGAGUCGAAAAGGAAUUAGUUCAGGACAUUUUGAAAAUCGUAAAAUUGCGAAAAGAAUAUAAAAGCUUUUACGGUAAAAAUAUUGCUGUGCAAAAUUUGAGUUUUGGCGUUGAGGCUGGGACUUGUUUUGGAUUAUUGGGCAUAAAUGGCGCUGGCAAGAGUUCAACAUUCAAAAUGUUAACGACCAAAAUAAAACCAACAGCGGGGAAAAUAUUCAUUAAUGGCAGAGAAAUUGGUACUGGUCCUUUAUGUAAUGGUGAGGUUGGAUAUUGUCCUCAAAGCGAUGCUCUUGAUGGGUUUCUAACUCCACAUCAGUGUUUGACCAUUCACGGUGAAGUUUGCGGUCUUGCUGAUGUGUCCAGGGCAGUGGAGAGAAUGCUGAAAAGAUUCGAUCUUAUCAAAUACGCUCAUCAGAGGGUGGACAGUCUCAGUGGGGGAAAUAAGAGAAAACUCUGCACCGCUAUUAGUGUAAUGGCUCCCGUGUCUCUCGUUCUCAUGGAUGAACCCACAAGUGGAAUGGACCCAGCAUCCAAGGGAUUGGUCUCACAUGCUGUUCGACACGUAACGAGGAAUCAGGGAUCAGUGAUAAUGACCUCGCACAGUGUUGUCGAAUGUGAGAAACUUUGCUCAAGAGUGGGAAUUUUGGCGAAGGCGGGUCUCAGAUGCAUCGGAAGUCCUCAGCAUCUUAAGCACAGAUUCGGAGAAGGAUACAUUGUGUUUCUGAGAACGAAUCAUUCAUUGUCGCUUGAUGACUUGAAGGAAGCAAUUUCGAAGUACAUUCCAAAAGCCAUUAUAUGCUCGAGACAAGCAAGGACCGCACGUCUUCUAAUACCUCGUGGUCAGGAUAUAACGUUGAGUGUCACAUUCACGAAAGUGAAGAAUCUCGCUGAGGAUCUUCAGGCCACUGACUUCACACUUACACAAAGUUCCUUGGAUCAAGUUCUGGUCAGCUUUUCAGAGCAACUGGAAGACAGUUCUGACAGUGCAAUGUGCUUCAUAAACACGUGUGUCAGCAGUGAUGCCAUUCAUUUAGAUACAUUUUAAUUUUCUCUUCAUUCCUUAAAAUUAGGUACAAAAAAAAGAGAGAGGACAGAUUCUUUUCUUUUUUUCAUCACGAUGCCAGUAUAUGUUCCUUUAAUUAGAUUUUUUUCUCAUAAUAAUUUUUCUUCUUCAUGAAGAAAAGUAACUUUAGAGAAGUUGAUUUUAACUUUACUCGAGAGUUGUCUUUUCAUCAGAAAUUUUUUUUUUCUAUUUUCUUAUUGGAAUUUUUUAAUUCAAUUUGGUUUAGGACUGUGAAUCUUUCUAGUGUUCUUUUUUUUUAGAUAUUUGUUUAGUGUUUUAAGUUAAUUGUUUCUAGUUUUAAGUGGUAUUUAAGAGAUCGUCAAAUGUACAAUUAUCUUUCGAAUUAAUUAUAGGAAUGGCUGCGGUAUUUUUAGUUGGAAUAAUUUUUUAAUUCAGCUAAAUAAACAUUUAAAUUAAAUAUUUUUGUUUUCGAAUUCAACAAAGUAUAAUUGGCUCGAAUAUUAUUAAUUGGAUGAAAAAAUGUAUUAA